CGCUUCACGACAGAGCCGUCCCUAUGGGCAAUUCUGACUCCUCUCCUACAGCCGAGGUUCAAGCUGUGCCAACUGAGAGCCUCCCCAGGUCGUUUGGCAGUUCCACGCGCUCAUCCGAGAUUCAAGAGUCCCACCCGGCCAUGUGGCACCCGCCAACCCACCGCCGUCUGAGCCAGAUGCACCACAACCAGCCGCCGCCGCCUCCCUAUGACGAGGGCAGCUCACCGGUAGGCGGCAUGGCGCCGCCGGCCUUCAACCCCGAAGCGAUGCCACCGAGCGGUCAGCCGGGGUUGUUGGCGCCGCCGACGGGUCCCAGCAGAGGCGCCAUGUCUGUCAGCUCGAACCGCUCCAACCGUGACGCCAAUGCCGAGUAUGCCGAGUGUCCCAUCUGCUACAAUGAGCUGUACAAGGUGAGGAGGGCGAGGGAGGGAACAACACGGCGUUUUGUCACUUUGGUAGAGUGUGUGUGUGUGUGUGUGUGGUCUGUCUGCCAGGAGGAGCUGAGUGUGUUGACUCGGAGGGGCAAACGGGUGUGCACUCACUUCUACCACACCAGGUAGACAGACAGACAGACAGACAGAUGGAUGGAUGGCUGGACAGAGAAAAUAAACGCGUCGGGCGCGUCACUCCAUCACUGGUGGUGUCGUGUCGUUGGUUCAGGUGUAGUAUCGACUUCCUCAACAGUGGCAUUCGCCAGUGCCCUGUGUGCAGGGCCGACUUCGAUGCACUCCAGGUACCGAGAUCACAUAUAUCCACCAAAACAUCCAUGCGUCCGGCACCGCUAAUCCAUCCCUUCGGUUUGUCUGUCGUCUGUCUGUGACAUAAACAGCCGGUGCCGGACGUCGGCCGCGACCCCCGCGGCUGGUUCCGUUUGGUUGACCUCAACGGCGACGGCCAUCUGGACCAGAAGGAGGUGGUGGAGGUGCUCAAGGCGGCGCUGCCCAUCGACUGGAAGGUCCUCGAGCACAAGCUACCCGAGUUCUGGGGCAGAUGGGUACGCUAAGCUUCCCACGAUCCACAUACACACACACAAACACACAAACACACGCGUGUGUGUGUGGAUUGGCCGUCCGUCGUGUGUGUGUGUGUGAGUGUAGGAUCGUGACGGCAACGGUACGAUAGAGAUGAACGAGAUGAUGGACCCGCAGAACGGCCUGGUGGCCUAUGUGCGCCGGACCCUGCCGCACCGCGGCGAGGCACGGCCGCCGGACCUCAAGACGCACCGCCUCGACUGGUUCAGAUACUGGGAUGAGGACAACAACGGCACACUCGAACAAGAGGUACGCAGCAAACAAGAGUGGUGGGGAUGGACAGAUCGUGUUGGUUCAAGGUUCUUGGUUGUGUGUGUGUUGUGUGUGGACACCGUGUGCAGGAGGUGGUUCGUGCGCUGGUCAAGACGUUUCGGAUGCACAAGGACAUUCAGCGGGUGUACAACUGCCGCAACCUCGUCAUGGCGCUGUGGGAUGACUUCGAUGCCGAUGGAAACGGUCAGACAGACAGACAGACAGUUGGAGAGACCCACCCCUUCACACACAUCCAUGCGCUUUUGUUUCCCGCGUUAUCUGAUGCAUUCAGGUCACAUAGAGGCCCGGGAGUUCUGCAGGGCGGGCGAUGGCUUAGCCGACACCAUCAUCGCUAACCUGGAGUUGCGAUAGCACAGGGGAGCAUGGCCACACUCGUACCUCUCUCUCUCUCUCUCUCUGUCUCUGCAUACGCACACACACCAACUACCUUUCUGUGUUACCUUCUCUCUAUGCUCUCUCUCUCUCUCUCUCUCUCGGUCCGUCACUGCUGAUGUGUGCCUGCCUAAUUGAGUCGAUCUACUUGCUAUUGAAUGUGUGUAUGGGAUGUACAGAGGACAGCUGGGUGGUUCACAUUACAG